AUGAGUUGCCUUAGCUGGAACUGUCGUGGGCUUGGGAACCCACAGACAGAAGAUGAACUAGUUGCGUUGAUACGCAACAAAGAUCCCAAGCUGAUCUUCUUAAUGGAAACUAAGGUUGAGAAAUCAGUUUUAGAUAGAAUUGGUAGAAAGAUUCAAUAUUCUAAUUUAUUUGUGGUUCCUCGGCAUAAUUCAGGGGGUGGUUUAGCUUUGUAUUGGGCUGCUGACUUUAAUGUGGAUGUUCAGUCUUUUUCUGAGAACCAUAUUGAUGCUAUUAUUGACCAUGGAGUUGAUGACGCCUGGCGGUUCACAGGUUUCUAUGGAGACCCUGAGACCGCCAACCGGGAAAACUCCUGGUCCCUGCUCAGAACGUUGAGUAAUCGUUUCACCCUUCCUUGGGUUUGUAUUGGUGAUUUUAAUGAAAUUUUAUUUGCUGAUGAGAAACAGGGAUGGCUUAAUAGACCGGAGAGACAAAUGCAGGGUUUUCGAGAUGCUCUUGAUUUUUUCAGGUUGAAGGACCUAGGAAUUCACCAUCUGGAUGCUUUCCACUCUGACCACAAACCCAUUCUUCUUAGUCCAGACUCAGAAUUGAACCGGUUCUACAAAAAAGGGCGCCCUUUCCGGUUUGAAGCCAUGUGGUUAAGGGACAGAUCCUGUGAAGAGGUGGUUUGUGAUUCUUGGGGAAAGGAGAUGGCUCAAGCCACAGCAUGGGGGUUCAAUAGCAAAAUAUUGGCUUGCCAGUCUAACCUCAGAGUAUGGAAUAAGAAGAUAUUUGGCCAUGUUAGAAAUUCUUUGAAGAAAAAAGUAGAAGAUUUGAAGUUUGAAGAGGAAAAUGGGGGAUACAGAAAAAAUCCUGUUAGAAUCCAGGCCUUACGAGAUGAAAUUCAGAAGUUACAGGCAAAAGAGGAAUGUAUGUGGAAGCAAAGAUCCAGAAAUAGGUGGCUUAAGGAAGGGGAUAGGAACACAAAGUAUUUCCAUUGCAGAGCCAAUCAAAGAAAUCGGCGGAACCUAAUUACAGGAUUAGAAGAUGAGUUUGGAGCAUGGGUUGAAGAUGAGGAUGGUAUGGGCAAAGUGGUGGAGGGUUAUUUUGAACAAAUCUUCACCAGUUCAAAUCCGAGUGAUUUUAGUAAUAUCCUCAGUAGUAUUCAAAGGGUGGCAGGAGAGGAUGAUAGAGAUCACGUAGAGGGGGACUUCCAAGCAUGUGAGGUCAAAGAAGCUCUCAAUUCAAUGGCCCCUCUAACGGCUCCUGGUCCUGAUGGUAUGUCUCCUGUUUUCUAUAAGUCCUUCUGGCAUAUUGUAGGUGAAGAUGUGACUGCAGUGGUUCUUCGAGCCUUAAACACAGGUAUUGUCCCAGAAUCCUUAAAUACUACUUUCAUCACUCUCAUCCCCAAAAUUAAAAACCCUAAGAAGGUUUCUGAUUUCAGGCCCAUUAGUCUAUGUAAUGUUCUUUACAAACUUAUUGCAAAAGUAGUGGCUAAUCGUUUGAAAAAGUUUCUAGCUAAUGCUGUGCCAGAUUCUCAGAGUGCUUUCCUAUCGGGUCGAUUGAUUUCUGAUAACAUUCUUAUGGCUUUUGAGACCCUCCAUUAUUUGAAGAGGAAGACAAAAGGAAAGAUGGGAUUCAUGGCUCUUAAGCUGGAUAUGAGUAAAGCUUAUGACCGAGUGGAGUGGGGAUUCUUGGAGGCCAUUAUGCAAUAUUUGGGGCUUGAAGAGAGGAUGAGAAGAAUUAUUUUGUCAUGCCUGAAGUCUGUGUCUUACUCUAUUUUGCUUAAUGGGCAACCGGUUGGUAGCAUCAAACCUUCGAGGGGCCUUCGCCAAGGUGAUCCUUUAUCACCAUAUUUGUUUCUCUUGUGUGCCAUGGGGUUACAAGGUUUAUUGCAAAAAGCUGAGGUCGAGGGGAGUAUUAAGGGAGUGGCUAUUAGUAGAUAUGGUCCUCGGGUUUCUCACUUAUUUUUUGCAGAUGAUAGUGUCCUCUUUUGCCGUGCUACUGAGGCCGAAUGUCAGAGAGUCCUGGAUAUUCUGUCUACUUAUGAGAGGGGAACGGGUCAAAAAAUCAAUAGAGAAAAGACUAACAUUUUCUUCAGUUCUAAUACCCAUCACCAAACCCAAUCUCGUAUCCAACAACUCUUGGGAGUUCCGGCAAUUAGACAAUAUGAAAAAUAUUUAGGGUUGCCUGCAUUAGUGGGGCGGGGAAAAAAAAGGAGUUUUAUUUACCUUAAGGAGAGAGUGUGGAAGAAAAUUCAAGGGUGGAAAGAAAAGUUACUAUCUAUAGCUGGAAGGGAAGUCCUCAUUAAAGCAGUCAUCCAAGCCAUUCCUACUUACACAAUGAGUUGUUUCAAGCUCCCUAAGUGUUUGAUUAAAGAGUUAGAAGUCCUCAUUCGGAAAUUUUGGUGGGGCUACAAUGAUGCCGCAAAGAAGAUGCACUGGGUUAGCUGGGAGAGGUUAUGUGAAGCUAAAGAAGUUGGCGGUAUGGGCUUCAAAGAAAUUGAGAAGUUUAAUGAAGCCCUCCUUGCUAAACAAGUCUGGCGCAUGAUGCAAAAUCCAGAGUCCCUUUGCUUCAGAGUUUUUAAGGCUCGAUUUUUUCCUAAUUACUCUAUUCUUGAUGCCAAGGAAUCCAACUCCGGCUCCUACGCAUGGAAAAGCAUCCUUAGUGCUAGGGAUGUCAUUAGAAAGGGUAUGGUUUGGCGUAUUGGGGAUGGCCAGUCUGUCCGGAUCAAAGAAGAUAAGUGGUUGCCGGUGAAACCUAGUAGAUUAAUUCUCUCCCCCCUCCCUCCUGUCAUGGCAGAAGCGAGGGUUAGCUCCCUCAUCAAUCCAGAUUUGAGUAUGUGGAAAUCUAAGGAGGUAAACCGAUUGUUUUUGCCCCAUGAAGCUUCGUUAGUUCUGGGCAUUCCACUUAGCCACAGGAAGCCUUCUGACCGUAUCUCUUGGUCUUGUACCCCAUUCGGGGAGUUCAGCACUAGCAGUGCUUACAAGUUGUUGGCUGCCCCAUCCUCAACGGAUCGUGCCAGCUCUUCCAAUCAAGAUUAUCAGCGAAGUUUCUGGAAAGGGAUUUGGAAGUUGCAGGUUCCCAAUAAGAUUAAACAUUUUAUUUGGAGAGUCUGUAAUAAUGCUUUGCCGACCAAGAGUAAUCUGAAGCGAAGGCAUAUUAUAGAUUCGGACCUCUGUGAUCUUUGCAAGGAUGCUACGGAAGACUCUCUUCAUGCACUCUGCUUUUGCUGCCACAUUGCCCCUGUUCGCGAUGAGAUGAGAACGGAGAUGUUUGCAACUAUGUCAUGGUGCUUAUGGAAUAGACGGAAUGCUCUCCAUUUUGGUCGUCCAGCUCAGCCCCUCUCAAAUAUCAGUACCGUUGUAGGUACUCUGCUCCAGGAUUUCAUGGCUAGUCAAAUAUCAGAGACUCCCCGCCUUCGACCUUUUGCUCAGCAUCAAUGGCGCCCUCCAGAACAGGGCUUUGUGAAAGUAAACUUUGAUGCUGCCAUGUUUAAUCACUCGAACUCGGCUGGACUUGGUGUUAUUGUACGUGACUGGCGUGGCGUCUCCCUUGGUGCUAUGUCAACGCACACUGCAUUAGCUUCAUCUGUAGCUGAUAUGGAGGCUCUGGCAUGUCUUAGAGCAGUCCAAUUUGCUGCUGAACGUGAGCUUCAACAAGUGAUAAUUGAAGGUGAUUCGGUCAUAAUCAUUGCUGCGAUCACCCAGGGACGUUCUUUACUUUCCUCCUUUGGUAAUACUGUGGAUGAUGUUCUGUGCUUGCUGCCUAAAUUUUCUUCAAUUCAGUUUAAUCAUGUCAACCGCUCUGGUAACUUAGUGGCCGAUUCUCUCGCGAAGAAGGCUGCAUCCAUUGUAGGCUCUCAUGUUUGGCCGGAUGCUUUGCCUUUGGACAUUGCUACUUUAGUGGACUUUGAUGUUCAUUAA